GACCACUGAGCUACUGUACAACCCUGAGGAGAGCGUCACAGCCAGGCACAAACACUCCUGCAGCCGAGUCAGCUUCAGUUUUUUACUUUAAGACUCUUGAAGAUGCCUAAGCAGUAUACCUCAGUCAGCCCCACUGACAUCAGUGUGAAGUCGGAGAAUGGGCCCCAGCCGAGGAAAUAUCGAUAUGUACGUAAAGAAGGCACCUGCAAUGUCGUGUUCCGCCAUGUUCCGGAGGAGUGGCUACUGUUUGUGACCGACAUCUUCACCACGUUGGUGGAGAUCAGAUGGAGGGUGAUGUUCCUGAUCUUCGCCUUGUCUUACAUCCUGUCCUGGCUCUUCUUUGGGAUACAGUAUUGGGUUAUCGCUCUCGCUCAUGGAGACAUGCAGAACCACACUAAUGAUCCGUGCAUGUAUGAAGUACGCAGCUUCACAGCUGCCUUCCUGUUCUCCCUGGAGACUCAAACCACCAUUGGCUAUGGUUCUAGAGGGAUGUCAGAGAACUGUAUGAUUGCUAUUAUCAUUGUGACUAUACAAGAUGUGAUCAGCUGCUUCAUCGACACGUUUGUCAUUGGAAUUGUUGUCGCCAAAAUGGCGUCUGCUAGAAAGAGGGCACAGACGGUCGGCUUUAGUAAUUGUGCAGUCAUCAACCUUCGCGAUGGUUUCUUGUGUCUCUCCUGGAGGGUCGGGGACUUCCGCCGGAAUCACCUGGUGGAAGGGACAGCUCUCGCUCAGAUAGUCCGCUCUACGGUUCACACUACAGGGAAAGUGGAUGUGACCUACGAAGAUCUGCUCAUCAAGCAGAAAGACAUCAUCCUGGUCACUCCGACCACAAUCUGCCACAGGAUAGAACCCGGCAGCCCUCUGUUCAAGAUGAGUCUAGCUGACCUAAGGAAAGCAGACUUUGAGCUGGUGGUGUCUUUUACCUACACGGACGACUCUACAGGUAUGCUGCAUCAGACCCGGACCUCGUACACUCCUUCUGAGAUCCUCUGGGGCCAGUUGUUCCAGGAGAUGAUCCGGGUCAGCAGAAGGCACUACAGAGUGGACUACACCUUGUUCAAUCAUACCGCUAAGGUUCUAGUCCCUGAGGUCAGCGCAGAGGAAUACGAAAUUAAGAAGCAGCUGAGGCCUUCUCCCCGACACUCGCCCCGACAUUCUCCUCGCCUCUCACCUAGAUCCUCCCCACGUGCUGCUCCAAAGUUACAGCUGCAAAAUCAUGAGGACAAACUUCUGAAACCCCCAACGGUUAUGGUGGAACUCGUGAAUGACAGCCAUCCCGAUGCAAGUCAUUCAACGUCUGACGCAGACAGUCAUCAUCCAAAUACUUUGACCCUGCCUAGUGACCUUAAAAGUUCAGAUGUAUAAAAGAAGGGCCAGGAUGUUUGAGGAGUCCUCAUACUGUGGUUAUUGUCCAUUUCUACAAAAACACACACUGAUAAAGGGAACUACAGAGGAACCUGACUUGAUGUUAGCUCUGCUGGUGAUUGUAUUUUAGCAAGUUACUUUUUUAAUGAGAUGCUCUGGCUGCGUGUGCAUUUUUUGAACAAAGACCCAAGCACUGUCAGCUUGAAAAAUGGCUGCCCCUUUACUCUAAUGGAAGGUCCUUAUACAUGUGUUAAACACAGGAUUCUGAAGGGAUGUGUUUGCAAUAUGGUGCAGGAUUUUUUAUGUAGUGGGCGUAGUAAUCAUAAGCACUGUAAAUGACUCAUUAGGGUUUCAAAAAGCUCCCUCAAGUCUUCUCUAAGGAAAUACCAAAAAGGCACCAGCAGAUGAACAAGUUUAGCUUAGUAGGAGUCUUGAAUGCAAAGGCUGCAAUCCAUGACCCAUCAGCCUCAGGUUCAUCUCACCUUUAGUGUUUUUAUUGAUUUCUACCUAUUUCCCUUUAUCCCAUAUUUUCUUGUUUGCUGUCCAAUCAAAAAUGCAAACAGCCUAACACUUAUCUUAGAAAAUGAAACACUUUCGAGAGGGACCCGGAUGCAUCGGAGGACCUCCACUUCACACCGGAAGUCGGACGAGCGCCGCCAUAUCUCGUCUUCUAAUACAGGAAGUCACUUGAACUGAAUGGUUGUUUUCAUUGUGCAUCGCCACCAUAUUAAUACAGGCAAGUUCGUCACAUAAGGAAAUAUAAGUAGACAAAAAACGUGACUUUUCGGACUAACAAGCACCCCAAUUACAUAAGAUACAUUUUAUUAAGUCGAUUUAUGAUCCCAAUUCAAGUAUCACUUUGCACAGACAUAAUAUGUGACUGGACUGUGCACAUUUUUGGAAUAAAAAGCUCAAGCAACAAAAUUACAUGGAUUUUAAUAUAUCAUGUAAUAAAUUAUCCAUAUAAAAAUAAUAACUAAUGGUGAAAUAUAAGUAAAUAAAAAGAAGACGUAAACCGUUUUUAGUGUACAGUCUAUUUUGGCGGAAGUGGUCCGGCACAAUAAAUGCUGAACCGGAAGUACUUCGUAUACGUGUGAAAAGGCCUUGUUGUGCAAGUUAUGGGAAUAAAAAGGUCAAACAAUCAGAUUAAUAUAUAUAUACACAGUGCUUAACAAAUUUAUUAGACCACCACCCAAAGUAAGGUUUAUGCCACAG